GCAGAAGUGGGCUGGAAAUGUUGAACGGCAUUAACAACUAACUUUCUCUCGAGAAAAGCCCGUUUUUAUCAGUCGCCGUCAUUGCAGAGGGUUGAAGAAAAUCGAAUCAGACAUGAGGGAAACAAUUUCAGUCUUUCUUGUGUGUUUGUUAGCGUUAUUUUCUACGCUUUAUUGUAACCAGCAGGACUCGAUCCCCGAGGGAGAUCUUCUAGUGCUGACUGUAGCCACACAGGAGACGGAUGGAUUCAAACGUUUCAUUAGAUCUCUACAACAUUUCAAUUACAGUGUUAAGGUACUUGGAAGGGCUGAAAUAUGGAAGGGUGGAGAUUACAUGUCUCCUCCAGGUGGAGGACAGAAAGUUCGUCUGCUGAAGUUUGCUUUGGAUGAGAUAACAGAGGAUAACAAAGUUAUUCUGUUUGUGGAUAGCUAUGAUGUAAUCUUUUCUUCUGGUCCAAAAGAGCUGCUAAAGAAGUUUCAGCAAACCAAGCACAAAGUUGUGUUUUCUGCCGAAACUCUUAUAUGGCCAGACCGCCAUCUGGAAGACAAACAUCCUCACGUUAGGGAAGGGAAAAGGUUUCUCGGAGCAGGAGGUUUUAUUGGCUAUGCACCCAAUCUCAAAAAGAUGCUUUCUGAGUGGUCAGGAGAAGAUAAUGACAGUGACCAACUCUUUUACACAAAAAUAUUCAUCAACCCAGACAAAAGAAGAUCUAUAAAUAUAACUUUGGACAACAGGUGCAGAUUAUUCCAAAAUCUUUAUGGAGCUCUUGAUGAGGUUGUGCUGAAGUUCGAAGAUGGACGUGUGCGUGCCAGGAAUCUGCUUUAUGACACCCUUCCUGUUAUAAUCCAUGGCAACGGACCCACCAAACUCCAGAUAAACUAUCUUGGCAACUAUAUUCCGAAUGUGUGGACAUUUGAAACUGGCUGUACGACUUGUAACAAGGAUGUGCGACCUCUUUCUGAACUCCAGGAAAGUGAACAUCCCGUCGUGGUUAUUGGGGUCUUCAUUCAGCAGCCCACCCCAUUCGUGACUGUGUUCUUCGAGCGCAUGCUCAACCUCAAAUACCCCAAAAACCGACUUAGUUUAUUCAUUUAUAAUAAGGAACCACAUCAUGAGAAACAAGUCAGAACAUUUUUGGAGGAUCAUGAGUCAGAGUACCAGGCAGUGAAGCUGGUUGGACCUGAGGAGGGUAUAGAUCCUGCCACCUCACGUAACAUAGGCUUCGAUAUGUGUCGAGAUGACAUUCACUGUGAAUACUUCUUCAGCAUAGAUGUGGAGGUGGUUUUAAAAAAUGAAGACACACUUAAAAUCCUAAUUGAGCUCAAUAAGCCCUUUAUUGCUCCAAUGAUGACAAAACCUGGGCGACUGUGGACAAACUUCUGGGGUGCACUCAGUGCAGACGGGUAUUACGCCAGAUCGGAGGACUACGUGGACAUAGUUCAGGGAAGCAGAGUGGGUUUGUGGAACGUGCCAUAUGUGUAUCACAUUUUCUUGGUGAAAGCAGAUGUAUUAAGGACUGACCUCAAAGCCCCUGACCUGUUUGAGUCUGCAACACUUGAUCCAGAUAUGGCCUUCUGCGCCAACGUCCGAAAUAAGGGCAUCUUCAUGUUUGUAACAAAUAUGAACACUUUUGGUCGAGUAUUAUCUGUAGAGAAUUACCAAACAAACCACUUGCACAACGAUCUCUGGCAGAUCUUUGAAAAUCCUUUGGACUGGGAGGAGCGAUACAUUCAUAAGAACUAUUCAAAGAUAAUGAGAGACAAUCUUGUAGAAACUCCAUGCCCUGAUGUGUACUGGUUCCCUGUUCUCAAUGAAGUGGGCUGCGAUCAUCUUGUUGAAGAGAUGGAGAAUUUUGGCCAGUGGUCAGGUGGUGGAAAUGUGGAUCAAAGGAUCCAAGGGGGGUAUGAAAAUGUCCCCACAGUCGAUAUUCACAUGAAUCAAGUGGGGUUUGAGAAAGAAUGGCGAAAGUUCCUGGUCGAUUAUAUAGCCCCAGUCACAGAGAAAAUGUUUCCUGGGUAUCACACAACGGCGCAGUUUGAUCUGGCGUUUGUAGUUAGAUAUAAACCAGAUGAGCAGCCCGCUUUGAGACCUCAUCAUGACGCCUCCACUUUCACUAUCAAUAUGGCACUCAAUCAAGUGGGAAUUGACUAUCAGGGUGGAGGCUGCCGGUUCUUGAGGUACAACUGCUCGGUUGAAGCCCCCAGAAAGGGCUGGGCGCUCAUGCACCCAGGACGCCUCACUCAUUACCACGAGGGCCUGCCCACCACGGAGGGGGUUAGAUACAUCGUUGUCUCAUUUGUGGACCCCUGAGUUGAGAUUGUUUUUAUCAGAAACUUGAAUCUACUUUUAAUAAAGAAGAUAGCAUAGCUCAUCAAAAAUUAGAAUCAACAGCUCUUUGCUUGAAUAUUUAAAUUUAUGUCAGUGUAAAUAUUUUGUUACAUUAAGGUAAUACUAAAGGUUGAUUUUCAGUUUUGACAGAUCACUUUUUGACUUCUAUGCAAUGGCUUUUUUACUCCAUUUUAAUUUAUUUUUCUGAGGUGAUAUGCAUGCAUGUAUUCAAUACAUACUGAUAACAAAAUCAAUGGACAUCUGUACCCUUUUUAUCUUUGAAAUUCAAUCAGCAAAUCACAUUGUUUUUUUAGAAAGCAUCUAAAGCAUUUGGUGCUGUUUUUAAGGCUGCAACAAAACUGACAUAUAAAUGUAUCACAGCUCAAUAUUAUUUAGAAAUGUUUUGUUUUGCCUUGUUUAUGAAUCAGUUGUCUUUUCAUGACUUAGGGAAAAGAGGAAAACUAAUAUAUUCAAGUUAAUUUUUUCCAUUUUAUUUAGUCCCACUUUGUGUAUUGACACUUUUUUGCACAUUAUGUUGUUUUAGGAAGGUUUAGUGGGUCAAGAGUGUAAUUACACGCAGAUACUUCAGUACAAUUUAACAACUCAUGUUGUAUUUACAAAAUAGGUCCAUUGCAUUUAAUGUAUUUCAGUCCAUAAUAGUUAAAGACACCUUAAAUAAAGUAUCAUACCAAUCAAUUAAAUAAAGCCUCAGUCAUAGAAGUAUGAAGUUAGAGCAUCUAAACUUUUGCACACCAAGAAAAAAUAACUUGGGUUAUUUAACCAUAAUCACAGAUUAUAAAGUAAUUGAUGAAAAUAGCAUUUUCACUUGAAUAACAUUUGUUUUCUUUCUUUUCACUAUUUAUUUUUAAUGUCUAAAAUGUUUCAGUCAUUCUAGUGUAUAUCAAUGUCCAGCCUAUUGUUCCCUAAUGGGACUUUACUAUGUGAUUUCUGGUAGCAAUUAUAAUAAGGUUCCAUUAUGCAUUCGGGCAAAUCCAGCGUUACAGAUGUGACAUUUCACGUUUUGAAUGAAAAUAAAAACUUUCAAAGAAUGCA